AUGGCAAAGGAGAUGCACAUACCCAGUCCGUUCAGGUCCCGCACGUUGCUGUCCGUACGUGCACGUAACCGCACCGUUCAGCCGCGUCCAGCCCCGUUCCAGCUCCUCCACGCACGACCAGUGUCCGUACGCCCGUUACUGCGCUUGUUGAACAUGACUUUAAGGUGGAAAGAUUCUUCAUCUGGUCAGCAUGUCUAUUGUCGAAGGCACAAUAAGGUAUGCAAGUGUGAGGGUCGUACAAGAAGUAGAAGGGAUGAUCUUGAAUCGCUGGCAUACACCUUGAUAUUUCUAAUAAAAGGAAGGUUGCCUUGGCAAGGCUAUCAGGGAGAUAACAAGAGCUUUCUAGUAUGUAAAAAGAAAAUGAGCACUUCUCCAGAGUUAAUGUGUUGCUUUUACCCUGCCCCGUUCAAACAGUUCCUCGAGACUGUUACUAAUAUGAAGUUUGAUGAGGAACCAAAUUAUUCUAAGCUGAUAUCUUUCUUUGAUAGUCUCAUUGAACCAUGCACGUCAUUGAGGCCUAUAAGAAUUGAUGGUGCUCAAGGGUUCAAAGAAAGGAAAAUGGGGAACAUGGGGAUGGGAUGUAACAGAUCUUUAAACGGAAGUUUGAGGGGGAUGGGAAUGAAAAAAAUCGUAAAGUUUAGGAGUGGAUAUUCCCUGAAACUUUGCCACUUCUUGAAGCUGGUAGAGGACUUCAAGAAGCGUUUUGGCCGAUAUGGCAAUGUUACGGAGAUCGAUAUUCCAAGGGAUAAAUAUACAUUCGAACCUCGAAGGUUUGCAUAUAUAUCUUAUGCUGACUCAACGGAAGCUGCCCGUGCUAGAGCUGCGAUGAUGAACAGAUGUUCCAAAGUCGGACUAUCACUGUUGCCUUCAAACAAGAGGACUGAAAUAAGCCAAAUGAAAUGAGAUCAAUAGAACUAGGAGAAAGGUAGUGUUUUCGUAUAUUAAAUAAAGUGGUUGUAGUAGAUAAAGUGACGGAGAGUAAUUGGACUUUUCUGUUUGUGCAGUGGAAAUAUAUUGUUCGUUUUAUUUCACCUGUUUGUUUGGUUGAUUCUUUAUUGCAGAGGCAGUGCAUAUGAUCGGACACCGACUCAUAGGAGAACAUAUUAUUCAUAUUAUUUAUUUAUUCGCCUCUGCAAUAAAGAAUCAACUAAGAA